UUUUUUCCGCGUAGAAGAAGUUUUCCAGUCUCCAGUCUACCCCCCCUCCAGCUGCUAGACCUCUCAGCAAGGUGUCUCCCUCCCUGGCUACCGCCGUCAUACGCGGCAAGUCAGCCUGAAGACACCCGCCCUGCCCAGGGUCCCUGACCGAACUUUCUUCUCCCCCAGUGAAACCCGCCGUCAUUUUCGGCCAUGGCGACGAGUGCGAAGAGAAAACAGGAGGAGACUCAUCUGAAGAUGCUCCGGGAAAUGACUAGCCUUCCCGCGAAUAGGAAAUGCUUCGACUGCGACCAGCGCGGCCCGACCUAUGUCAACAUGACAGUCGGCUCCUUCGUCUGUACCACCUGCUCCGGGAUCCUGCGAGGACUGAAUCCCCCACACAGAGUGAAGUCCAUCUCUAUGACCACAUUCACACAGCAGGAAAUUGAGUUCCUACAGAAACACAGCAACGAGGUCUGUAAACACAUCUGGUUGGGCCUCUACGACGACAGGACAUCAGUUGUUCCAGAUUUCAGAGAACCGCAGAAAGUAAAAGAGUUCCUUCAGGAAAAAUACGAAAAGAAAAGAUGGUAUGUUCCUCCAGACCAGGCGAGAGCAGUAGCGAGCGUCCAGGCCUCAGUGUCCGGCUCCUCGGCCAGCAGCACCGGCAGCACCCCAGAAGUCCCACCCCUCAAAUCCCUACAGCUCAACAAGACCCCGCUGCGACAGUCUCCAGGGUUAAGUCGUGCCCAGGCUCAUCACAGUGCUGCUCAGGAGAAGAAGUUCGACUUGCUCUCAGACCUGGGAGGAGACAUCUUCGCUGCUCCGCCCACUCAAACUGCCAGCUCUACCAACUUUGCCAACUUUGCACAUUUUCCAAGCCAGUCAGCACCUCAGGGUAAUUCAAAUACCAACUUUGCCAACUUUGAGGCAUUUGGAAACACUACAAUUCCAUCCCACCUGAGCACGUCACCUCCCACAAAGUCCUUUUCAUCAGGUGGAGGAGUGCCAAUUCCGUCAAUGUCUAGUGCCGUAGCUGCCCAGUCCCAGACAGGGAGCCGCACAGAGGACCGCUAUGCUGCUCUGGCUGAGUUGGACAACGAGCUCAGCUCCUCUGUCCCCUCAGGAGGAAACCUAUUUGGACCAGUGCUUGGUUCAUCACCAGCUCAGAAUCCACCUGUGUUACCCAGCAUGCAGCCUGGCUUUGGAGCCGUCCCAUCCACAAAUCCAUUCGUUGCUGCAGCCAUUGGCCCAGACAUGGCCACCAACCCCUUCCAGACCAAUGGCAGAGCUCCAGCUGCAGCCUCCUUUGGUACUGGCUCAAUGAGCAUGCCCGCCGGCUUUGGGAAUGCGUCUUCCUACUGCCUCCCGACCAGUUUCAGCGGAAACUUCCAGCAGCAAUUCCCCGGCCAGGUCCCCAUCCCUUACACUCAACCUGGGGCAUAUCACCCUCAGUCUAAUGGCCCCGCAUUCCCAGUCUAUGGUCAGAGCAAGCCCUCGAUCACGGCCUUUGGGCAGCCCAUGGCGGGACCUGGCAUGUCUAAUAACCCGUUCAUGGCAGGAGCACCGGCCGGCUCUUUCCCUUCAGGGGGUUCAUCCACCAACCCUUUCCUGUAGCACAGCUCUCGCUCCUGGCCACCAGAGGACAGCAUGCAGCACAUAUUCAACGCACCAUAUUCAACAGUCACGCAAUUAGUGGCAGUACAUUUCUAAAGAAGACUUUUUUUCUUUUCUUAAAACAAGUUUACAACAUUAUGAAGGAAUACAAAGGACUAUAUUGAAGACUAAGAGACUGUUAUGGGGGAAAAUGUACUGUUUGGACUAUAUACAUUAUGUCAUAUGCUUUUUAUUUUUGUUUAUAACUGUAAGCUCUGUGCAUAUCACCAUUUGUAAUCACACUUAAGUACAUGUUAUGUAUAAGGACUCAGUUAACAAGAGUGAGUAUACACACACCUUGUGUCAUAGAAAAACCACUACAAACUAUUUACAUAGAUAUGGGUAUACAUUUUAAGAUUAUGAACAGGGUUCCAUCCAAAUUCAUGAUCUGUGGUUUGAAGCAGUCAUGAUGAUGCAGGUGAUUUUUAAAAGGGAUAUUUUUGUGUUUUUAGGCAUAAUGCUCCUUUACUGGCUCUAAGGACAUUAAUAUACAGAGCUCUCUUGAGAGACACAAGUCUCUUGAUAUAACCUGUAACAAAGCCACCAAACCCACACCUUUUUAAUUCAGGGUGACAUCCCAAGCAGGUGGAUGGGUCCCGCCAGUUAUCCUUGACUAUCGGUCAUCUGUUCAAAUACUGCCAAUGUCUCUGAAAUUGUGGAAAAAUGGGCUGAACUUUGUUUUGAAAGCAAGUGCUGAUCUUCAAAUAUGAAGCCAGUGUCAGGUCAGGUCUCUUGGAGCACAAACGGAGGAAAGACACAAAGUGCAGUUAGGAUGAGUAUUUAUUUGUCAUGUUAAUUCACCCAAAAUAUAAAGCAUUGGUAAAUUUAUUUAGUGCUCUCUAUUAACCUCACUUCUGCUUUAUGAAGAUGUCAGAUGAGCAUAUUUCAGAUAUUCACUAUAUUUUACAAGUAUGAUGAAAACAAAAGAAAGGACUGUUAAUGAAAGCUUCAGGGUCGUGGGUCUGAUCCAGUUUGGGUUCCCUCAAAUCGGGUGAAGUACAUGGUUGCGGGUUGACAGGGAAUGACAGGUUUACCAGACCCUGACAAGGAAAAAUAAACAACAACACUAUAGCAUUUGAAACAGAUUGUUAGUUGUAUUGUAUACACUACACUCCUUUGGUAUCUGUUCUUUUCUUUGCUUCGUUAUUGAAAACCUUUUGAAGGGAGGGACAGAAUGAGGAGAAAUAAAUCAAACUGCUUGCUUUAAAAUAAGUCAACAUGAAUUUAGGAACUAUUGCAUUACUGGAUCUACUUGUGACUCGGGGAAAGUAACGGUCUCAAUUGUGCCACCCGUGACUAACAAUGAAUUUGACAAUGUGUUUCUUGUCUUGGCAAGAGUAGGUAAGUAAAUGUGUACAUAUAUAAAUAUAUGUAUAAAUAAAUUAAAAGAUUUUUAACUACAA